GAGCAAUCUCACUCCAAAAGCUUGAUUUCCUGAAUUUAAAGAAUCUGAUUUCUGAUGGAUAGUGGAACGGUCAACAUCAAGAAAUGGAAUCCGAAUUGCAUUGAGAUCAGUGAUUGUUGCAAGCAUUUGAAACUCCCUAGUGCCGUCGAGAUUGACAAAGCAUACCCGCGCGAUUUCAUGCAAGUAGGGAGAGUGAGGGUGCAAUUGAAAAGGGAAGAUGGGACUUUACUCAAUCCAGCCAUUACUUCAAGGAAGCAUCUGCUGCAGAAAAUUGCAGAGUUGGUACCAAGACAUCCAGAGAGAGUGAAGAAGCAGGAAGCUCAGAAAGCGAAGAAGCAGGAACCUCAGGCCACAACUUCAACCUCUGGAACUUCUUCAAAGUCAGGCAAAGGUGGCAAGAAGAAGAGAUAAACAAGCCCUCUCUCCCUCUCCCUCUCUCUCACACACAUUUAUUUUUCUCCUCGCAUCAGAUUCUAUGGCUUUUAAUUUCUACAACUUACUGAGAAGAACACAACGGUGUUUUGCAGGUGUAACAAUGUUUCAAAUAGAACUUAGUCUCUUUC